AUGUGCGAGACCAACAGUGCGAACGAGACAAUCCCAGAGUUGAAAUCGGCAGCAAAAUAUCCAGGAUACUCUGGAUGUUUCAGUAGCUGCGGGGGACUGCUGUGUGGGUGCUUCAUGCCACAACCAGCUUGCACCUUUUAUAGAGUUGCACAAAUACCUAUAACCAAACGGGUGUACGAAGUGACUAGAUGUCCUCACUGGAGUCCCGAAAUUAAGUUGGAAAUAGAAGUGAACCUUUUCAACAAGACACGAUUAUUCACCCAAUCGUUUUCCCCGUAUGCGCCGGUAAAAACGGACGUAUUUAACAUCACUGUGAUCUCAAUUCAGAAACCCGCAAGUACCAUCGCAAACAAACGAUUUGCGAUAUCGAAAGGCGCUUCAUUUGCCCUUCCGGAACACUUUCUUGUAGCAGCGGAGUGUACUUCCUACAGGGAAGCUCAAGCUCAAUUUCAUAAGUGCAUAAACAGGAUCAGGUGCGAAUGCAGCAACUCAGUAAACAACUGCCUGUGCCCAGAAGGCUCAAUUAGUACACUUCGAAAUAACAGCGAUACAAAUCUACCUCUAGAAACGCCUUUUGGAACACUGAAGGUAGUAUCGGACGAAAUCAUAGCUGUUUCAAACGAAGAAGAAGUGGUCAUAAAGCUAGAGUCAAAAAUUCUCCAAGAUUCAGCUGAAUUCCAGGAGAAUCACGACUGCAUUGUUAGAGCUACAAAUGUUACCGGGUGCUACACUUGUCCAACAGGUGCGGAACUAACGUUAACCUGCGAGUCUCCGAAACAAAUGUUGGUCACAGCCUUAUGCGAAGCCCAGCAGUUCACCCUCAGCUGUGGAGCAAACAAAAGUAAGCAGGUACGGCUAAGUUAUGAGAAGUCUGUCGUGAGGGAAGAAUGUGUACUCCAGUGUGGUAGCAAGCACAACAAAAUCGUGCUAACAGGUAACCUGUACUACCACAUACAUACGCAAAACUCCUCAAUCUUCGACCACCAGUCUCACACAGUUAGAUUGAGUCACCAGUGGUUCGCGGACAUAAGUAUGCCGGACGUGAGUCCCCUACUCGAAACUUUCACAAACCACUGGAAGCUGACUGUGGCCGCAACUAUCUUUACACUAAUGCUUGCUGCCCUAACCUACAUCGCAGGACCUAUCGCUCUAAUUUACGUAGCAAAAUGCUUGUUCCACAUUCUCAAAACACUGCUCGUGACGACAUGGAGUUGCUUGCAGCGGAACCAGCCUGAGCGCACUGGUCAACAACCGAUUCAACGGUCAGCUGAUACCAUGCAGCCACAAGCAAGCAGAAAUCAGUUGGCUUACCGAUCAAGCGGCUGCCAUUGUUGCCGCGUUGGCUCGGAUCCUCUCGAGUUGCCCGCUUGUGGGCUACCAGCCGAAGAGAAUACCAGAGCGGCUUAG